GAAAAAAACUCUAGGAUUAUGAAAAUACUUUUGCGAAAGUAUCUUCACGCAUACCAUAUAUGCCCUAAUAUAAAUGCCCAUGAUCAUGAUUCCAUCUCUCUGGAUUCCAUGUUCGUCGCAAGCAUAAGACACUCUCUCUCGAUUACCUGAGGAUUGAUAGCAGCAUAGGAUUCUCUCUCUCUUUCUCUCACCUAAGGAUUGAUAGCAGCGUAGGACUUUCUCUGUCUCUCUCUGCUAAAAGACUAUCAGCGCAUAGCCAUAAAGCUCCAUGGUUAUGAUCCAUCACAUGAAUCCUUUAUUGUUUUCCUCAACCCAUUGAUUUUGUUGCUCCCUGCUUUUUCUCCUCCACUGCAUGAAUUAUCAUCACAUGCUUCUUCCUUAAAAUUCUCCACCACCCCAACACAAAUACAUGAAAAGACAUUUACUAGAAUGUCUCAAGCUCCACACCCACAUCAUAAAAACCAGCCUCCCCACAACGAUUUUCACCUAUAACCAGCUCAUAGAAGUGUACUUUAAGAACACUUACAUCGGCGAAGCUCGCCAAUUGUUCAAUGAAAUGCCACAAAAAAAUGUUUUCUCAUGGAACACCAUGAUCAAUGGCUACAUCAAGAACACCAAUCUAUUGGAUGCCCAAUUUCUCUUUGAUUUGGCCCCUGAAAGAGACACUGUAACUUACAAUUCUCUUUUAUCUGGUUAUUCUCACAAUGGCUUCUCAACAGAAGCUCUUAAUAUGUUUAAAAGAAUGCACAAAGAUGGUGUUCAUAUGGAUGAGUUCAGCUUCACUACCAUGCUCAAUUUAGCUGCAAAUUUAGUGGUUUUAUGCUAUGGAGUACAAGUCCAUUCUUGUAUGAUAAAGACACGGAAUAUUGGCAAAGAUGGGUUCUCGAAGAGCUCUCUCAUCCAUAUGUAUGCGAAGUGCUCCGGUUUGGAGGAAGCAAGAAGAGCUUUCGACGAUCAUGGAUACAGUGAAAACUUUCUACACGCCGUAGAGAGAGAAACUAGCGCAAGACCAAUGAUCAAAGCUUUCGAUGAGGAUAAAGAGAGAGAAAACUCAUCAGCCACUGAGAGACAAACUAGUAAGAGAGAACUCAUGAGCUCCAAUGUUAUGCUCGCUGCUUAUUUUCAUGAGGGAGAAUUAGACAUGGGUUUCAAUUUUUUCUCAAGCAUGGCUCACCACGAUACUGUAACAUGGAACACUGUCAUUACUGGGUACUUUCAAAAUGGCCAUGGAGAAACAUCUCUGGAACUCUUUGCCAAAAUGGUACAAGAAGGAGUCAAGCUCAAUGCCCAUAGUUUAGCCAAUGUUCUCAGUGCCUGUGCAAGUCUAAAGGCCUUGAAACAUGGGAGAGAAACCCAUGGUUGGGUCCUUAAAAAUGGCUAUGAAAUGAACUCAUUCAUAAGCAACAGCCUGGUUGAUAUGUACUGUAAAUGCUUCAGAUUACAACAAGCAGAGCUCAUAUACACCAGAAUUUGUCCAGAAAAUGGAUUUGCUUCCACUUCAUUGAUCAUGGGCUACGCGCAAACAGGCAAAUUAGACAAAGCUCGCCGAAUUUUUUAUUCUCUAACCAACCAAAAUAUUGCUUCGUGGACAGCUAUGAUCUCAGGAUAUGUAAAAAUCCAACAAUCUAAAGCUUCCCUCAACUUUUUUUGGGACUUUUUGCAGAGUGAAAAAACCACCCCAGAUCAACUAAUGCUGAUCUCAGUGCUAUCUGCUUGUGCAAUGCAAGCAAAUUUAGAAAAGGGCAAGCAAAUCCAUGCUUAUAUAAUAAGAAAUGGAAUAGAGAUCGAAGAGAAAUUGGGCACUGAGCUAAUCGAUAUGUAUGCAAAAUCGGGCCAAAUUGGGUAUGCCAAAGAGGUUUUCCAGCAGUUACCCAUUAGAGAUGUGCCUCUGUACAAUGCCAUGAUCGCAGGACUUGGACAUCAUGGACGCGAAAUGGAAGCUAUCCAGCUCUUUCAAGAGAUGGAAAAUAUUGGAAUCCAGCCAAAUGGUGUCACAUUUAUUGCACUCCUCUCUGCUUGUAGGCAUGCAGGAUUACUGAAUUCUGGGCAAAAAUACUUUAAUUCAAUGGUUCAAGGCUAUACCAUAACACCAGAAUCUAGCCACUAUGCAAGCAUGAUUGACCUUUUGGGGCGAGCGAAUCAAUUAGAGCAGGCAGUUUUGCUAGUUAGAAAGAGUAAAGGAUCCAAUGGGUUAGACCCAAUUGUUAUGGGGGCUCUAAUUGAAGCUUGUAAGAGGAAUGCAGACUCCAAAUUAGCUAAAGAGCUGGAGGAGGAACUUUUAAGGGUAGAUCCACAGAAUGGGGCAAGAUAUGUUCAGUUGGCCAAUGUUUACGCGGCAGAGGGGAAAUGGGGUGAGAUGGGAAGGAUAAGGAGGAAGAUGAAAGAGAGAGACGUGGUCAAAAGUGCAGGGUGCAGUUGGAUUUAUGUGAGGAACAGAGAGCACAUUUUCACUGCUGGAGAUAGAACACAUACAGAGGCAGAGGCAAUUUACAAAUUGUUAGCCAAUCUGAAUAAAGAAAUGAAAGCUUUUGAUACAAUUUCUACAUAACUUAUAAGGAAAAUGCACAGAAUGGAAGUCUUCUAUACAAUUUCCACGCAAAUUAAAAAAACAAAUCGAGGAGAAUAAGAUUUAACUUUCCUGAGGCUACAAGUCUAAGGCUCAUAAGCAAGUUAUUUAAGUUUUCUGAGGCUACAAGUCGAAGGUUCAUAAGCAAGUUGUGUGUGUGUGAUGAAUGGUUACAGUAACUCCCUUUCAAAACAUUACAUUUUCGUUCCGCCCUUUUUUACAAUUGUUAAUAUGAAGUCUACUGGAGCAAAAGCUUCAUCAUCACUUCGUCCUCACUUUUCUUUUAGCUCCUCUAGUGUCAAAA